GCAGGCCGCUCGCUCGCUCACGGGCAAAGCAGAAUCGCAAAACCCUCUCCCCUCUCCUCCUCCGCCCACCACAAGCGAAAUGCUCCGACGCCUCGCCGGCGCCGCCGCGGCGCCCCUCCGCCGCUCCCUCUGCACGGCCGCGGCGGCCUCCUCGCCCCCUCUUCGCCCUCCUUGGGCCAUGCUCUACGCGAAGCCGGCGCUGGACGCGUCGGGGGCGCCGUCGCGCGCGUCCCUCGACCUCCACGAGGACCUGUGGGCCCAGCUCUCCGUCCCCGCCCGCCUCGUCGUCCCCGACGCCGGCGACGCCGCGGACUUCUUCGCCGGCGCCGUCCGCGCCGCGACCCCCGACGGCCUCCUCCUCCUCGACUUCUCCGACACCCGCUGCCGCGCCCCGGUCGACCGCACCUUCCGCCCCAGCUGGCUGGCCGAGUUCGACGCCGCCGCAGAGUACGCCGGCGAUCCGGACGUCGCGCGCUUCGUCUGCAACCCUCUCAGCGGCCAGCUGCUCCGCCUCCCUGCCCCGGGCGCGGAGUUCGCGAGGUCGUCCACCGCAGGCUGCUCCACGGGGUUCGGCCUGCUCACCCACUCCGAAGGCUCCCGCGGCCCGCCCGACAGGUACGUGGUCGCCCAGCUCAGCCGCAGCCGCCGCGGGGGAGCGGAUCACCCCGUCGUGCGCCGGUUCCUGUCGGAAACAGGGGAGUGGGACGAGCGGCGGUUGGCCGGCCCGUCCAUGCCGGCUAGCCGGGACAUGCGCAUAGACCCGAACCUCGAGGUGGUGGCAUUCGGCGACAGGCUGUGGUGGCUCGACCCGACCUGGGCCGUCUGCUCCGUCGACCCUUUCAGCGACCAGCCGGAGCACCGCUUAGUCGAGCUGCCCCCGGCCAGCGUGCUGCCUGACCUGAUUGACCUGGCGGGGACACCGGUGCUGGGCAGGUAUCGCCGUCUCGGGGUGAGCGAGGGGAAGCUGCGCUACGUGGAGGUGUCUAACAGCAGGAAGCCAUUCGUGUGCAGCUCCUUCUCGCUCGACGAGAAGGGCUGCUGCUGGACGCUGGAGCACAAGGUAGCAUUCAGUCCUGUUCUCCCUGAAAGGUGCAAGGUUCUGGAAGACCACAUACCGUGCAUUGCCGCCAUCGAUCCAUUCCGGGCGAACUUUCUGUACCUCAUCUAUGGUCACUUUCUUAUUGUUGUGGACAUGGCUAAGGGGAAAAGCUUAGGGGGGCAGCAUUUUCCAGAAAGAGCCGGCGAUCAAACCCUGUGCCCCUCUGGUUUUCUUGUGCCCUGCACGCUCCCAACAUGGCUAGAGUCGAGCUACAUCCCCUGUGGAGGAACACUUCCAAGCAAGAAGACCAAUUCCAAAAGGAACAGUUUGGCAGAGACGCUGGUUCGUGCAGACAGGGGGCAGAAAAAUUGAAGUGUGCCAGCUUACUUAUCUGCGAUUCCUUGAAAUUGGCUGCCACCAAAGCUGAUGCUAGCACCUGCAGGACAUGGACUCUCUUGGGAAAAUUCUGGGGUAAUUUUGGGCUUGUUCAGUUGGCCGGUGCUCUGUUUGAGACGGGUUAUCUUUGGAUCUUUCUAAGGCGCGCAAACUUGUUGGAUUGCAUUCCAUCGUCAAGUUACAUGGAACCACCUCAGAGACGCGGCAUCUUUAUUUUAGCAAACCUCGGAAAUGCAAUUUUGCUUGCACUACGUCGUGCUUAUCUUUGUGAAAUGUUAAUGCGACUAACGUUUAGUUGUUUUUCUUAGAUUAAGGGCUUAGAUGUUAUCUGAUUUCUUUGCUCGUCACAAAAGUAAGAUAUGUUUGAACGAACUGUUUUGGCUCAUAGCUAUUUGCAUGCUGAUGA